AAGUCAAAGGCAAAGGUCUGUGUGGUGUUCUAUGUAAUGUUUGAUCCAGAGGAAGUAAAGGACUCACAAGAUCAUAAUUUGGGAAAUUUUUGGUAAAUACCAAAAUCCAUAGAGAGAGAGAGAGAGAGAGAGAGAGAGAAUGGAUCCAACCUUGUACAAUGCUGCGGUGGAAGGCAAUACUAGCGAUGGUAAUUUUUCACUUGCUGAAUAUCUAAAAAGGGACGAAGAAAAUGGGUACCAAGUCACUCCAAAGGGAAACACUGUCCUCCACGUGGCAGCCCUCUGUUCCCACUCCGAUUUCAUGGGAGAAGUCCUUAAGAUUACUCCGGCGUUGUUAUACUGUCGAAACAAGAGAAAUGAGACUGCACUUCACAUAGCAGCUAAUGAAGGCCACACUGAGGUAGUCCGUGUGCUACUUAGCGUAGCUGGUGAGGAGAAUUAUAAGGAGACACUCAUGAGGAUGACAAAUGAGAAUGGAGAUACAGCCCUGCACAAGGCUGUGAGGAGUGAACAUGUUGAUGUUGUCAAGAUCAUCUUGGAGAAAGAAGAGGAUCCUGAAUUUGAAUAUCCAGCAAACAAGGCAGGGGAGACACCACUUUAUCUGGCAGCGGAGUCUGGUUUUAUUGAUAUUCUGCGUGAAAUCUUGGAAUCAUGCAAGAACCCAAAUUAUGUUGCAGGUCCAUUUGGUCGAACACCUCUGCACGCAGCAGUUGUUCACGAACACUCGGAUUGCGCAAUAUUACUAAGGCAAUGGAACAACUCUUUAUGUGAGGAACCAGACAAAUGGGGUUGGAAUCCACUGCAUUAUGCUGUUAAACUAGGAUUGAAAGAAGUAGUUUCUGAUAUGCUGGGAUGGAAUAAAUCCUUAGCCUACCUUCCAGCAGGCAAUGAAAAUGACUGGACGACAGCAAUUCACAUUGCAGCCGGUGAAGUUGAUACCUUAUAUGUUACAAAUGUGCUAAGUGAGCUAUUACAGCACUGCCCUGAUUGCUGGGAAAUGCUUGACAGCAGGGGCCAAAAUGCUCUUCAUGUAGCCGUAAUGAACGGACAAGCAGUGUUACUUCUUACCUUGUUGAAGUCCGAAAAUUGGGGUAGCCUUGUCGAUGAGCCUGAUAAUGAUGGCAACACUCCUAUGCAUUUGCUUGCCUUUGGAAAGUACUUUAAUAAGGACGAAAUUCUUCAGCGUAAGCAUUAUAGGAACUGUGUGCCUUAUAAGUUAAUAAUCCAUCCCAAAGCAAAGAAAAUGACAUUUAACAAAGAUAACCAAACUCCGCUUGAUAUAUUUUCUUGCGCAGUCACAGAGAAUUCAAAACGGGAGGCUAAAUACAAAGGGAACGUGGAAAAACCUUCAAAAGACGACUUAAAGGAGGAGUACAAUAAGGAGGAGUACGAUAACCUGUACCCUUUUCACCGUGGUCAAUUUGGACGACGUGGCUUCAAGAUAAAAUCGCAGGAGCAAGAGGAACUCAUCAUGUGGCACGGCAUCAAAACAAGUGGGUCACUAAAGGGGAUGAAUUUUUGAAAAGUGAAAGCUAAUAUAUAAUGGAGAUAUCUCAAAUGCAUCUAGUUGUCGCCACUUUACUAAUGACAAUCACCUCCGCAGCUGAUUUCAUGUUGCCAGGAGGUUUUGAGAGCGAUUCCAAUAGUUCUAAUAAAGGGAUGGCGAUUCUAAUAAGUAACACAGCAUUCUGCGCAUUUGUUGUUUCAGAUGACAUCGCCUUUCCAUGCUCCGCAGGAGCUAUACUCAGCUACUUUAUCAUGGCAGCAAUUAAUGAACGACCGUCUCAAUAUACAGUGACUCCUAUGAGGACGUUUGCUAAUAGCACAAUUUAUUUGCAUCUUUUGGCAAUGUCAGCCGUUGUAAUUGCAUUUGUAACUGGUAUGUAUGCUGCUUUAGCACAUUCAGUUGGUCUCACC